AAACGUUAUCGCAAUUUCUGAUGCGUUUCUUGUUACGGCCAAUCAGACAUAGCGGAGCUCGCUCCUCGAUGCACUUGGCUCGGGCGUUCUCGGCACAGUUCGGCCGAGUCAGCGGCAGUAGAGCCAGUAGCCGAGCUCGCGCGGCACGGAGGGUUACUAGCCUUCCCGCCAGUCCGCCGUCUCGCCUGACAGCCGGCUGCUCGCGUCGGCAGCGCUCGACUUCACAUCGUAAACAAUAAAAAAAACACUUAACAUUGUCAAUGAAAACCUUAAAAAAUCCAGUCGAUAAAAACUUAACUUUAGUCCUCAAUCUUAAUAACUGCAAUAACCAGUAAAUCUAGACGGCCGGCCGCAGUGACUUUGGAAAUGUAAUGUCAAGUGUUUUGGUGAUCGAAGUGAAAGGAGUUCUUUCGUAUAAUUGUGAUACUGAAGUGCUGUGUAACUGUGCCGAGCUCGGCCAAUGAUUAACCAUAAGUAGAACAGACUUGGAAGCAUGCUCGAUGAUGUACCGGCACGAUAGAAACUCGAUGACUGUAAUUGAACGCUGUUUAUCAAUCGAAGUACAUUGCUGCACUUAAUAUUCUACAGUUGAUGUUCGUAUGAAUUGAAGCAAUGCCGGCGCUCCGGCUACUGGGGCGCAAAUGGCUAGCCGCCUCGGACGAUCUCGUGUUUCCGAGCAUCUUCGAGCUACUUUGCCGUUUUGUAUGGCUGGUGCUGAUAGCUCUCGUGGUAGAAGUGAUAUUCCCGGUAACAUGGCGAUGCCAGUCGGAAGGCUGGCACGGGGGCGCGUUCGUGCGGCUGUACCUGUGCGGCGCGCUGGUGCUGCAAGCGGUGCUGAUGCUGCUGCUGGCGGCCCUGGCGCACCAGUCCGCUAGGGGUACCAUCACGGAGGUCGACGCAAGGAAGCUCGUCUCCCCGCUCUUGUUGAUGAAGGUGCUGCUGGUGUUGCCGGAGAUAGCCUUGAACGUGAUGGGCACCAUGUGGAUGUUCUGCGACGUCAUAGAGUGCUCGGUCUCCGACAAGUUCUCCAGCGUAGUUAUUCAGAGCAUAGUCCUUUUCAACUGGGUGCAACUCGCGCUGACGGUGUUCGGUCUGUUCAUGGUGUUCGACCCGCUGGGCUCGGUGAACUACGGGGACAUGGUGGAUACGCCCAACCAGGUGCGGCACCACCGCAAGGUCACCGGCUUGUGGUCGAGGCGGUUCCGCUGGGCCUUUUGCUGGCUCAAGCGAGAUGAGCACGGGAAGGAAGCCUUUCAGCAGGUUGCCGCUCUCCUCAGCGCCCUAUUCAGAUCAACAGACCUAGUCCCGUCCGACGUCGUGGCGGGCUGCGUCCUACUCCGAGUCCGCCAGAAGCGAGAAACACGGGAGAUGCGACGCAUUCAAAUGAUCAACGACGAAGAGCCCAUAUACACCACAGAUGUCAACAAAAUCUUCUCCGAGACCCCGCCCUGGAUGAACCUAAAAGACGCUUUGCAUUACCUCAAGCUGUCCAUAGCGGCGUAUGGGUGGCCCUAUGUGUUGUAUCGACACUGCUUCACUGGGUUCUGCAAGUUGGCCAGGCACUUGACGUGUUGCUGUUGUCGUCCCAAGAACUCGAUCGUAACGGACGACAACUGCUGCAUGUGUCACUUCGCCGGCGUCAAGUACAUGUCCAAAAUGGAAGCCGAUGACAUCAUUUUCGCGUCUUUCAACAAUCACGUCUUUGAGCUCCCGUUCUGCGUGAUAGCUGACCACGAACGAGAAAGUGUGGUGGUGGCUGUGCGCGGCUCCAUCUCCCUGCGGGACAUCUUCACAGACUUCACCGCCGGUUCCGAGCGGUUUGAGGCCGAUGGGUUGCCUGAAGGCACGGCAGCGCACAAAGGCAUGUCGAUGGGCGCCGCCAAGAUGCUGAAGCGGCUGAUGCCGGUUCUGGACCGCGCCUUCCAGCAGUACCCGCAUUACGACCUAGUGCUUACAGGUCAUAGUUUGGGCGCCGGAGUAGCAGUAUUAGUAGCGUUAAAGCUUAGGCCCAGGUAUCCACACCUCAAAGUAUUCGCGUUCUCUACGCCUGCGGGUCUAAUAAGCCGCGAAGCCGCCCGCUACACGGAGAGCUUCGUGCUGACGGUGGGCGUGGGCGACGAUCUGGUGAUGCGGCUCAGCGUGCACAGCAUCGAGAACCUGCGCACCAAGGUCAUACAGACCAUACACGCCACCAAGCUGCCCAAGUACCGAAUAAUGCUAAACGGGUUCGGCUACGCGUUAUUCGGCGUGCCCGCCCGAGACCUGGAGUCCACCUGGCGGCGGCCCGAGGACCUGGAGGCGAACCACUCGGACGACUCCGCGGACGCCCUGCUCGUCCCGGGCGUCUCCACCGUGAGUGCUGAGGCGGCGCUAGUGUCGCGCAACGUGUUCGUGCGUCGGUUCUCUACGGCGCGGCUGUUCACGGCGGGACGCAUCCUGCACAUCGUGCGACGCAAGCGCAUGGGAAUUGAGAACAAUGACGAUGAGGAUGAAAAUGAAAGGAAAGUGCGCACCCAAGAGCCAACGUACGAGAUGCGAUGGGCGUGCGCCGAGGACUUCAUGGAGCUGCAGGUGAUGCCGCGGAUGCUGCUCGACCACCUGCCCGAGAACGUGCACCGCACCAUACAGACCGUGCUGGACGAGCGACACACCUACCGCGUCACGCAACACCUCUAGAUGGCGCUGUUGUCAAUUGUUGGUUUUAAAUCUCAACGGAAAGCAGCAAGGCGGUGUAGUGCUUUGCAUUUACAACGGUAGGGUGCCACGAGGCAGUGCUUCUUGUGUGGCUGUAAUGGUCGAGUUUAUCUGUUUUGCUGUGGAUAAGACAACUGUCAUGUUUUGGGAGAGUUAGUGCGAUUGACGCAUGUGUUCAUUGUGCUAUCCACAGCGGUAAUCGAUAAAACCCGACUAGAGAA